GCAAUAGCUUUCGGCCAUGCAUCAACAUCAUUUCUGUCAAGGCGGCUGGACGGAUUCCCACAUUGACCGCUCCUUCACUUGCGAACAAUGACCAAAGGCAUCGGCCUUCGACAAUACCGCGCGUGCGUUAGAUGCCGCGCACGCAAGACGCGCUGUGACUUACAGAGCACUGGGGAUCCAGGAAGACCUCCCUGCGUGAAAUGCGUCCGUGAAGGUGCCGAAUGUCUUCUGGCAGGCUCAAAGCGCGGCGGCGACUUCUCGCAUCUCCGUCGUGCACGGCGGGCCGCGACAAGUGGCCAGGAGACGACGGCAGUAUCUUCUGUGCUUUCACCAAAGGACAAUCUGCCAUCUCGACAGCCCCGGACUGCGGGAGACCCCGUCCACGAUAACCUCCAGAACCCGUCCGAUGCUUUGCUGAUACUUGCACACGCUGCGGAACAGCCCGGUGACAGAGAGCCAUCCGAUCCCGUCACCGAUGCUUCCGGUAUCUUUGGUGCUGGUGAUGCCGUUGCUGGCUCUCCUGGGCUUUGUUUCCGGUCGUCAAUUGCACCCGGAGGGGUCCCCCACAAUCUGGCUCCCUCCUCAGCCGAUCAAGGAGCUCGGAACCCAGAGGCGACGAGUGUUUAUACCUACCCCCCCGUACAAGAUGGAACGAUUAGCUCCGAGUUGCUAGUGCAACUGUUACAACUGUAUGCCGACAACUAUCACCCCUUCUUCCCGGUUGUCCCCUCAAGUGUUCUCCAGCCGACGCAUCUUCCCGAUACCACCAAACACGAAUCCUUCCUCCUAACCGCUAUCAUCGUGGUUGUCUCAAAGGACCGGCCGGAUCUCGCAUAUCUAAAUAAGUCCAUAUGGAAUUAUAUGCGCCAGCUGAUACUAAACGUCGUCCUCGGCAUGGACACCAUCCGGAACGUUGGAUGCGUGGAAGGUCUCUUGCUGCUCGGCGAAUGGACGCCGCUCUAUCCGGGACAGACCGACGACCGCGGUGAAGGUGCGGCGUGGUCGAUUCUAGGUCUAGCGGUAAGACUUGCGUAUUUGUUGCGUCUGGAGGAUAGCUCUUUCAAGGGAAACGAUGUCGAGGUCGAUGCUUCAGUCCAGCGGGAGCGUCUUGCCUGGACAUUUACCUAUCUCUCCGACCGACAGAUAUCGAUCCGCAUGGGACAGGCAUUUUGGUGUCGGGGCCCGGCCCUUUCUGCGAGGUUCACUGCGCAAGAUUUCCCAUCGCUCCAACCACAUCACCCUCACAACGAGGACUUUGCAUCGUUCUUACAAGCUCAGGUAGAGCUGACAACUUUAUUCGGAAACGCCCAUGACAUUCUCUUCGCCUCUAGAUCCCGCACUGCCGAGCUCAUGCUGAGGGGAGACUAUGUCAAGUACAUCGACGAUGUAAGCAAAGCCAUGGCGGCGUGGCAACGCGCGUGGAGGUCGAUAGGCGUGCCGCAAUAUCUAAGGAGCUGCUUGACGCUGAUGCAGGAGUAUCUCCGCCUCUACGUCAACGCCUUUGCGUUCCAGGCCGUACUCUACCGGGCCGGACCAAGACAAUCCAACACCGAGUCUGGCGACGCCGCCAAGCCGAAGCCAUACUUCCCCGACUCAACAAUGGCUACCGGUGAUGCACGCCAUAUUUAUGAAGCCGUGGAUGCGGCCGAAAAGCUCCUGAGGAUCGUCACCGAAGACAUCGACCCGAGAAGACACCUCAGGUACAUGCCGGCACGGUUCUAUUUGUGCGUUGCCCCCGACCUGAUUCUGAUUAUUCUGAUUCUGAUUUCCUGUUCGGCGUCGACUUACCAAAGCAGGUACGAGAUACACUCUUCUGUCUUCUUAUUCAAAGCCCAUGCCGCGGGUGCUAUAUCUUCCGGGAAGCAUUUUGAGACAUCUGCCCUGAUGCAGCGCUUUAUAUCCGUUCUGCGGACUGCCGCUGUUGACGAUAAUCACAUUGCAUCGAGGUACGCCGAGCUUCUCAAUAGGCUGUGGUUUCACCGCCCAGACGUGACCAUGUCGAGGAAUCUCAACCCGGACAGCACAAAUACCGAGCCGAGUCAUACGGGGUUGGUUGAUCCAUUGUCCAUGCUCAGUUCGGAUGCGACGUGCGGCCAGAUGCUGUUCGACGACAUCGGUCUACAACCUUUUGACUGCACCGAUACCAUGGAUACAUUGUUUGCGAUGCCGCCGACCCUUUUUCCUUGGGACUAAGCCGUCUUGCUACAACAAUGGGACGUGAUUAUCAAGUGGCUGGGUUGAAACAACCUCGACCCCUCAAACCUAGCCGGGGCAGCACCUGUUUGCUUCCAGCCAGAGAGGGCGCUCUCUCUCCAUGCUCCAAGAUGUCCAAUUGGGGUGGGACGCGAGUUUCGAGACCGACCACCCGAAGAGGAACCAGACGGCGUCGGACAUGGUCC